AUGGGCAAGCCAAAACGCCACGUUCACGCCGCCGACCAGGAGUCGCUGACCCCUCCCGACCAACUUACCGAUUCGCAAUCCAUUGCGCGCGUCGUCAAGGCCGAGGGCAACAGCAACUAUAUCUGCGAGCUGCCCAACAAGAAGACCAUUUUAGUCGAGCUCGAGUCUCGUUUUCGCAACACCAUCUGGAUUAAGCGCGGCGGUUAUGUCUUGGUCGACUUGGGUUCCAUGGAGGAGCGCAGCAAGACUGGUAGCAAGGUUGUAGGAGAGAUCAUCAAUAUCGUAAGGGACGAGAAGGCUUGGAGGAAGGAGGCUUAUUGGCCCAAGCAGUUCGUCAGACAAACUUACGACGAGUCCGAAGACGAGGAAUCGACUGUUGGAAAACUGCCGCCUAGCGACUCGGAAGACGAAGAGUAUGGACCUUGA